AUGGGCAGCUUCCGGGAGCGCAGAUGGGAGCAGGACUGGGUGGAGCGGGCCAUGUUCCGACGGUCGUCUCACGUGCUGAAAGCUAGGUCCGGGCGGAGAUCCGAUGCCAUGCCACCUUCGGGCCCGAAAGUGCUUACCGCAGCACGCCGCUGGGUCCAGAGGAGCGACGACACAUGUCGAGUGUCAGUUUUUGCGCCGGGUUCCGCUGUGGAAGACACAGCAGCCAGUCGCCGCAGUGGUGCAGAAAACGUUGUCAUCGCGGCAGCGCGGUCUCUGGCCAGGAAGAAGGAACAGUUUAAGCCCUUCGACAAAGCCCACGUGGAGAAGCACUUCAAAGAGCGUGCUUCAGCGUUGAACGACUUCGCUAUGCAAGAGCUACAGGGCACACUGGAAGAUGACCCGCCGUCGCCACACAAAUGCAUGCUCCCGCACAGAACUGGCACACCAGCCUCACCCGCCACAGUGUCGACUCGCGCCGACUGCUUUUCACCAAGCCCAGCAACACCGCGAGAAGCAGUGAGUUCUGCUUGGUCACGUGGAGAAUCGCCGGAAUGUCGACAUGAAGGUCUCACGCGAAGUGCGAGAAUCCAUAAGCUGCAGCAGGCCAUUCUCGAUCACGACGAGGAGCGGCUGGCAUCCAUUGCUUUGGGAACUUUCCCUUUGUUGGGUGCUCGAGGGCAAGCAGUUUUGCCAGUACCUCCUCUGCCUGCGGAGGGCUUGAGGAUGGCCUUGCCACAGCGACUCCGGCUUGCCACAUCCAACAAGAUUGCGAAGGGAUCGACAAGGUAUGAGCUGAUGGAAAGCCAAGUACGUGCUGCUGAGGUGCGCGACCUACCAUUGCGACAUGCCGCAGUGGAGGCCUUGGACAGCUUCGAUUCCUUCGACGCUGUCAUGCCGCAAGGGCCAGGCACCAUCUUUCCGAAGCCACCGUACGAGCUGAAGCGAGCGUGCCACACGACACAGGACAUCCUGCAAAGGGCCAGCGAGCUGCUGAAAAGCAACGCUGCCGAGGACCGAUGGAUUCCUCUGGCGUGGCGCAUGGCUUCAGCCGCCUAUUACGCAGAGCCGGAGGAGGUCCUCCGCAUCGCACGUCUUUUGGCUCAACUGGCCCGGAAGCAACACGGCUUUACUGCUGCCACCAAGAAGGAUUUUUGGCAGAUGGCCAACUCUGCGCUGCACUCCCUGACGCACCGCUUGAAGGAGCUCGGCGUGGAGCUGCUCAUCGACAUCUUCGAGUCGAUGGGUGAGAUGCGGUUUGGGAGCCAGGCCUUCUUGGACUCGCUGUUGAUGCAGCUCUUGGCCUGCCAUCGUCAAGACCACGAGGUGCCCACGGCGCAGCAGGCGGUCCGCCUCUGCAGUUCCCUGGCGCAGAUGCAGCGCGAUCCCCAGCGUGCCGGCGGGAGUGGCGGGGCCCGCCGCGGCGAGCGCGACUCGGCGCCCUCCUCCCCGCUGAGCGGCCUGGGCUCCCGGCGCCGAGGAGCCGCGAACAUGAGCGGCUUGCAUCGAGUCUCAGCUCUGCAGAACCAACAGAUCUUGGCCAUCCUGCAGCAGAGAGCACAGCCUCAGGAGGAUCAAGCCGAAGCAGCUUCAGCCGAGGCUGAUGAGUUCCAUUCAGUUGCGCAACUUUGUGAGAAUUUGACUUUUGCGGAUCCUGGCACAGCGAGUGCAGGAGAUGGCAAAGGACGAUAG